AGGACGCCGUCUUCUAUUGCUUGCUCCGCUCUGUCCCUCCUCCUCCUCCUCCUCCUCCUCAUGGACUGUUCCAUUGGUGGUGGGUUGCUGUAUUUGGAACAGAGAAGUGGGGAACAGCUCCCUGUGUUUAGCUUUGGAGACUGCUGAGGAAGCUGGGAUUUCUUUUUAUCAAGAUGACCUUAAGAUGUGACACAUGGAAAAGGUUUUCUCUUCCAAAAAUCGUUCAGACCAAAGAUAAGAGUGCCGCAAAUGCGAGCCCAUCCAACGCCUCUGAAGAGUUUCAUGGAACUCCAAGUUUCUCAACCUCCUCACCUGUCCUUCGAAAAAGCUUUUCAGAAACAGACAGCGUGUCAAGGUUUGGGAGCUUAAUUUUCAGCGACUACUCAUGUCGAUCACCAAGCGCAGUAAACACCGAGGCCUUCAGGAUAUUCGUCGCGACAUGGAAUGUUGGAGGAAAUACCCCUCAUAUGGGGCUUAAUCUCAAUGAUUUCCUUCCUGCCGAUGAUCACUCGGAUAUAUAUGUUUUAGGGUUUCAGGAGAUAGUCCCUCUGAAUGCAGGAAAUGUACUUGUUAUCGAGGAUAACGAGCCAGCAGCAAAAUGGCUCUCCCUAAUCGACGAAGCAUUGAACGGUUCAACGGAUUCUGAGACUGACACUGACUCACACACGCCAUCUCCCUACACUACCUCUAUAUCUUCUCAAGCUUCCGGCAUGAAGACUCCGAUCUCAAGAGAUUCAAAGAUGCACAGCGGUACAUUAUUCUUCCAGAAGCCAUUACUGAAAUCUAUAAGCAAAACUUACAGGACGGAGCAGGGCCGACGCCUGAGAGCAUGCAACUGCCCCUCCAAAGUGACGAGGAAAUAUUACAGGGAGUCAUGUUUCAGAUGCCAACAUGCUCAUAUCAGUGACGACGAUUCCACAGAUGAGGAGGAAGACGAUGAACCAAGCAGUUCUUCGGUGGCUGGUUUACCCACCACACCUACGAGUAAUCAGCAAAGGUACAGUCUCAUAGCCAGCAAACAGAUGGUGGGGAUCUUUGUUACUGUUUGGGUGAGGAGGGAACUUGUCCAACAUCUAGGUCACCUAAGACUCUCUUGUGUUGGACGGGGCAUAAUGGGUUAUCUUGGCAAUAAGGGAUGCAUAAGUGUGAGCAUGUCUCUGCACCAAACAAGCUUUUGCUUCGUCUGCAGCCACUUGGCUUCAGGGGAGAAAGAAGGAGAUGAGCUAAGGAGAAACUCUGAUGUCUCAGAAAUACUUAAACACACACAAUUUAAAAAGGUUUGCAGAAGAUCUGGUCGAAGAAUCCCUGAGAAAAUUCUCGACCAUGAUCGUAUCAUAUGGUUGGGAGACCUGAAUUACCGUAUCGCUUUGAGCUAUACUGAAACCAAGAAACUUCUCGAGGAGAAUGACUGUGAUUCUCUUUUCGAGAAGGAUCAGCUCAAGAUCGAAAGAGAAGCUGGGCGAGUGUUCAAGGGAUGGAAAGAAGGGAAGAUAUAUUUUGCACCAACAUACAAAUACUCCAACAACUCAGAUACUUAUGCUGGAGAGAUUGUGACAUCGAAAAAGAAACGAAGAACCCCUGCAUGGUGUGAUCGCAUAUUAUGGCAUGGUGAUGGAAUUGUGCAACUGUCUUACAUCAGAGGGGAGUCUAAAUUUUCCGAUCACCGCCCGGUCUGUGCAGCUUUUAUUGUGGAGGUUGGAGUGAGCGAUGACAGAUUGAAGAAGCAGGGUUUCUCCACCCCCAACAUGAAAGUUGGUGCUGAAGAGAGAUUGUCUUCGAGAGCCAGCUAUUUCUGAGUAGACAAAUAUGUUCAAUAUAUCAAAUGGUUUCUGUUUCUUCCCACAAGAGGAUCAUGCUCAUGAAUUGGAGUGGAGAUUGGCAAAUCUAUACCAUUCAACGAUCUUUAAGAGUACGUUCUCAAUUCAAGACCAAGUGGGGUUUCAUGAAAUGGCCCCCUCGCUUAAAGAUUUCAAGGUUUUGCAACCAGUUCGCGAUAUGUACCAGCCAUCAGGCUAAUUAUAUUAGCUUCAAAAUAGAAUGGCUUGUUCUUUGAAAUUUUUUUGUACUUACUGAUGGUAAAAAGUUGAUCAAAUCUAUAAGAAUCUUACAUA